AUGCCCAGACCACAAGCAGGCAGCUCCCGGCCUGCGGCAUCACUUCCACGCGGACACCAGCCCCCUCCCCCUACCCACUCCCCGCCUUUCUCCCUUCGACGCCCAGCCCCCUUGCCCGCACAUUCGGCCCCCAGAACCCCCGACGACACCUUUGAGGACUUCAUCCUGUCCCUGCAGUCGUCCAUAGUCGAGCGGGCCGAGGCCCUGGACGGCCAUGCCGAUGCGAAGUUUGGCAGGGACGAGUGGAGCAGGGGGGAGAGGGCAGGCUACGGCGUGACGCGUGUGAUGCGUUGCGGCGACCUGAUCGAGAAGGGGGCCGUGAAUGUGUCGUUGGUGCGCGGCGUGCUGACGGCGGAGAGGGCGGCGGCGAUGAGCUCCAGGGGGCGGCCUGGCGUGGACCCCGCCGGGGGGCAGGAGUACGCGGCGGAGUCCCUGUCUCUGGUGUUCCACCCGCGCCAUCCCAUGGUGCCCACGCUGCGAGCAGACGUCCGCAGGUUCCGCGCGGGCGGCGCCUGCUGGUACGGCGGAGGCUGCGACCUGACCCCCUGCUACCUAUUUGAGGACGACGCCCGGCGCUUCCACGCCCACUGGGCGGCCAUCUGCGACGCCUCGGCGCCCAACCUCUACCCGGAGUUCAAGGCCUGGUGCGACAGGUACUUCUACCUGCCGGCGAGGCAGGAGUGCCGCGGCAUUGGCGGCAUCUUCUUUGAUGAUUUGGAACCCGGCGAUGCGUUCGACGUGGAGGGCUUCGUGAGGGCUGUAGGGGACGGGAUUCUGGACUCUUGGGCGCCCAUCGCGGAGGAACGCAGGCGCACGGAAUUCGGCGAGCCGCAGAGGAGGUGGCAACUGCUCAGGCGGGGCCGCUACGUGGAGUUCAACUUGCUGUACGACAGGGGAGUGCGGUUCGGGCUGCAGGGCGGCAGGAUGGAGUCCGUGAUGGUGUCUGCGCCGCCGCUGGUGGCGUGGGACUACGACGUCCGGCCGGAGGCGGGUUCCCCCGAGGCCCGCCUUCUGGACGUGUUGAAGGAGCCACGAGACUGGCUGAAUCGUGGGGCGGGUACUGAGGAGGGAGCGCGUGUGCGAAAUGAUAUGUAA